AUGGGAUCUAUAUGCGCCUUUUCUGGUUUAAUACAUUUUUCCUUUAUUUCAAUUUUCUUUCUUUUUUCUUUUAAUUAUUAUUUUUUCUUUCUUUCUUUUCUGUGUUUUCUUUUCUUCCUUUCUUUCUUUCAUUUUUCUUUCUUCCAAAACUCCCUCCCUCCCUUUCUUUCUUUCUUUUUUCUUUCUUUCUUAUUCUUUAAUUUCUUUCUUUCUUUCUUAUUCUUUAAUUUCUUUCUUUCUUUCUUUCUUUCUUUCUUUAUUUAUUUAUUUAUUUUUUCUUUCUUUCUUUCUUUCUUUCUUUCUUUCUUUCUUUCUUUAUUUAUUUAUUUUUCUUUGAUUUUUCCAUUCUUUCUUUCUUUCUUAUUCUUUAAUUUUUUCUUUCUUUCUUUCUUUCUUUCUUUCUUUCUUUCUUUAUUUAUUUCUUUAUUUAUUUAUUUUUCUUUAAUUCUUUCUUUCUUUCUUUCUUUAUUUUUUGUCUUUCUUUCUUUCUUUCUUUCUUUCUUUAUUUAUUUUUCUUUAAUUCUUUCUUUCUUUCUUAUUCUUUCAUUUUUUCUUUCUUUCUUUAUUUAUUUUUCUUUCUUUCUUUUUCUUUAA